UGCUAAAGACUCUUAUAAGGCAGCUCAACCUCCCUCAUUCUCCUCCUGGCUGACCUUGUUGAGUUCUUCCAUCGAGCCAAUAUGGAUAAGCAGAGGCAAUUGCUUGUCAAGCUUCCACAGGGGACAACCGAACUGUUCAGCCUCUCUUCAUGUCCACAAUCACCAACGGCAAUUGCAGAGACGGAGAUGAACAAAUUCAUGGGGGCUGUGUCUGAUCCAGCAGCUCAGCUAAAUGGACGAGCGAGCUUGUACUGGGAUUGACACCACUACGUGAACUUGACAAGAACAUUUGCCGGUCACAGCAUUAAAUUUGACCGUUCACAAGGGAAGGUCCCUAUUGGGGCCAAUUUGCCUCAGCAAUCACUCCAACAUUCCGUUUUCCCUAUCAGCAACCGUUAUUAUUAUUAUUAUUAUUAUUAGUAUCGACCAAAUCCUUGCAGAAACGUGAAGGAGCACGCUGAUGAGAUGAAGUUGCAUAGACAUGGAAGUCAUCUCGAUCCAUGAUCACGCCUCUGUCUAAUUAUCUACUGCCAUUUCCUGUCCAUCUCCCUUCCCUCCUCUUGUAAUCUAUAGCAUCCUGCAAUUCCUCCUCGUCCUCCUCCUCUUCUCAGCGACAAAUCAUCCAACACCUGUCGGCCAAAGGAGUUGGGUUGGGUUGCUUCCAUGGUGGCAGUGUUCAACAAAGAGGUGCUGAGUUGGUACUUGCUCACUCUGAAGCUUAACGAGGCCGUGCAGGCUAACCUCCCCAGGUCGCAACCCAGCACUCCCGGCUCCCCCUCCAAGCCUCCGCCAUCGCCGCCGCUCUGCGUCACCCGGGGCGAGCCCAUUCCGGAGGAGCAGCAGCCCGAGGAGGAUGACAAGGAUGGAGAAGAGGAGAGCACGGCCUUCGCCGCCGUCGCCCAUCGGCAGGAGUCCGAGUGGGUCAUCUCCAUCCGCGACAAGCUGGAGCAGGCGCGGCACGAGGAGGCGACCGUCCCCUGGGCUCGCUUCUGCAUUUACCGAGUUCCUAAAUCGCUCCGCGAGGGCGACGAGGAGGCGUACGUGCCUCAGGUGGUGUCGAUUGGGCCUUACCACCACGGCAAGCGCCGCCUCCGCGACAUGGAUCGCCACAAGUGGCGCGCUCUCCACCGCGUCCUCCGCCGCACCGGCCACGACGUGCGGCUCUACCUUGACGCCGCGCGCGCGCUCGAGGACCGCUGCCGCGCCUGCUAUGAGGGCCGCCUCGCGCUCUCCAGCGACGAGUUCGUGGAGAUGCUGGUGCUCGACGGCACCUUCCUGCUGGAGCUCUUCCGCGGCGUGGCGGUCGGCGCCGGCGAGGGCUUCCGCGACCUCGGGUACGACCGCAACGACCCUGUGUUCGCGAUGCGCAGCACGAUGCACGGCAUCCAGCGGGACAUGAUCAUGCUCGAGAACCAGCUGCCUCUUUUCAUCCUCGAUCGCCUCCUCGGCAUCCAGAUCGGUCGCCCGGAUCAGCACGGCCUCGUCGCCCGCCUCGCCGUCCGCUUCUUCGAUCCCCUCAUGCCCACUGACGAACCGCUCCGCAAGGCUGACCGCGCGAGGAUCGAGUCCUCCACCCGUGCCGCUGCCACCGAGUCCUUCGACCCCCUGACCGAGACAGGGCUCCAUUGCCUCGACAUCUUCCGGCGGAGCUUGCUCCUCACCGGACCGAAGCCGGAACCGCGCCUCUGGAUCAAGCGGUGGUCCCACACCCGGCGAGUGGCCGACCGCCGCCGGCUGCAGCUGAUCCACUGUGUGACGGAACUCCGCGAGGCGGGGAUCAAGUUCCGGAAGCGGAAGACGGACCGGUUCUGGGACAUCAAGUUCGCCGACGGCGUGCUCAAGAUCCCGCGGUUGCUGAUCCACGACGGAACCAAAUCGCUGUUCCUGAACCUGAUCGCGCUGGAGCAGUGCCACUCGGACUGCACCAAAGACAUCACCUCCUACGUCAUCUUCAUGAACAACCUGAUCAACUCGGAGGUGGACGUAAGCUACCUGCACUACCGGGGGAUCAUCGAGCACUGGCUGGGCAGCGACCGCGACGUGGCGGACCUGUUCAACAAGCUGUGCCAGGAGGUGGUGUUCGACUUCGACGACAGCUACCUGUCGGAGCUGUCGGAGAGGGUAAACAGGUACUACAAUCACCGGUGGAACACUUGGGGGGCGAGCUUAAAGCACAGAUACUUCGGGAAUCCCUGGGCAAUCAUCUCCUUGAUCGCUGCAGUGUUCUUGCUGCUGCUCACCUGCGCGCAGACUUUCUACUCUGCUUAUGCCUACUACCACCCUCCCUGAUCACCUUCCUCCCAUUCAGUGGAGGAGACAUUGUUUACACUGAUCGAUUGAUUCAGUUUAUUGGGUUAAUAAUAACUGGUGGACGAUGGAUGUGAUUUUGAUUAGAGAAUCCUGCGAUUGCUUUUAGGUGCAAGAAACUGCAAAUGGUGUCAGAGUUCAACCUACCAAGGAUAAGGGUGAACCUUGAACUCGUUGCUUCUUGGGAUCCAUCAGUUUUAGUUCUCAAUUCAUCCUCGACUGGCAAUGAUGAAGCUCCCCUUAAGCGUGCAAAAUUUAGAUAUUCUUUCAGCCAUGGCAAUUUUCUUCCACCAUGUUUUAUUACUGGUAAAGACUGCAUUUAGCUUGCCCCAAGUAUUUCUGUUUUGAUGAAUGCUAGAUACUUGAGCUUGGAGACCUUUAUAGGAUGAAUUACUGAUAUAUUCCUUCUUAGAUUAAAGAGGUACUAUAAUCUUGUUCUUGAAUCUGUGAUUACAUUAACUGAAGAGUUAGCAUACUAUCAGACAGGUAGCAGAUGAGUUGCUGGCUCAAGGAGUGUAUUUGGGUAAAGCAUAUUUUUCUCACCCAAUUUGUCAGUUAUUUUAAAAUAAUUGAUUUUAAACAAUUUUUUUUCCUUUUUUUUAAAAUAAAAGCAAGGAUGUCCUGUGGGAAUAACUACAGAUCGAACUUGCCUAACUGUAGAGUGUAGUCUAUCUAAAUUCCAAACAACAUUGAAUUGGAGUUUUUUUUUGUAUCUCUUUUGCUGGAGUUUGGUCUAAAUAACAGGUGCCUUCCAUGGUAUCCCAUAUAGAUUGAAGGAUAUCAUCACCGUAAUCCCACUGCAAGACUACUUUGGGGAUCAAAAACAUUCAAAUAGCAGGUGCUUAACAUUGAAGCUUGGGUCUACCGAGGCUAAAGGCUGCAGGAGGUGUCCUCAUUGCAAAGCUUGUUUAAGUAUCAUUAGCCUAUGAUGACAUUUGGUUUGGGUGGAGGACCUGAAACCCUUGGAAUAUUGAAGAAAGUGACGACUCUCUAGUAUCCUUUUAUUGUAAAUAAGAAUUAGUGUUCUUGACUUGAAUUUGCUACAAUGAUUGCGGAUUUCAGGCUGUUUUAAUUAAGAAACUCAUGAGAUUCACAGAAGUAAUGAGUGAAACAUCUACGUAUAAAAGAAACAUACAAGUCAAAGAAACGACUUCUUUAUGUCGUAAUUUUGUUGAUUCCAUUGCAUGCAAUUACAAAUGCAACUUUGCAGUCUCUUUGAUGUAAUGAAAACAUUGCAGCACUUUGGUUUCACAGAGUGUAUUGUCAAGUACAAAGACCCGGGGGAAGCUGAUUAGAGAAGUCCGUAAGAGUUUUACUGAUGACGCUUUUAUUGGGAAUGCAUCUGUUUGGGAAGUUGUUUGCUUGGGAAUGCAUCUGAUUGGUUUCAGGAACAUCAAAAAUCCUCUUCCAAGUGGAACAAGGAGAACCACUAUAACAACAGGCAUGUAUGCUCCACCUGAUCGUCGCAGCAAAAGGUGACUACACGUCCAUCCGAUUGUCCCUCAUAGUCCGUCCUCAAGUUAUGCAAAGAGAAGUAAAUCAUGGGGUGAGUUUUUUUUCUCCAAGUACAUGUAUCCUUUGGGAAUUAAUUUCUUGUCCCAUUGUUGUAAAGCUAUCACUCCCUAACUGGACACCCAUGCUCCACCUGAUCGUGAUCACACUUGCUUUAAUGCUUAAUAUGUUUGUCUUGACUAUCUCGUGUUAAAAGGAGUUUUACAGUGAUUUGUAGGUCAUGAUAAUUAAGAUUCUCAUGUUUUACAGUGAA